AUGUCUUUGUUCUCCUGGUUCUUCACUCUGUGGCACUCAUCAGCCUCGUCCCUGCUCCUUGUGGGGCUUGUGGGCAGACAGCUGGGGCUCAGGGUGGGACUGCAGGUGGCUCAGACUGCGACGUGUUCUCGGUGGAGUACACCGAGUGACCAGGGUCUGUUUCAGGACGGAGAUGUAGUUAUUGGUGGGCUCUUUAAUAUUUAUAACAAGCCUUCAGCUAUAGAUCAUGACUUCACUCAGCUGCCACAGUACAAAUCCUGCACUGGUUUGGAAAAUCUUCCAUUACAGUAUGUGUAUGCUAUGGUGUUUGCACUGGAGGAAAUCAACCAUAGUACAACACUGCUACCGGGUGUGAAGCUGGGUUACCGUAUUCAUGAUAGCUGCGCCUUUCCCCUGUGGGCUGUGCAGGCAGCACUGUCACUAGCUGCAGGAAACAGCACCAGCUGUGAUCAGCCUGUUCCUUUAAUUAUUGGCGGUGACUCAUCUAUAACAGCCCAGAUACUAUCCAGAAUCCUGGGGCCCCUCUCUGUGCCUCUAAUGAGCUACACAGCUAGCUGCCCCUGUCUUAGUGACAGACACCAGUUUCCUAACUUCUUCAGGACUAUACCCAGUGAUAUUUACCAAGCUUGGGCCAUUGGCCGGCUUGUCAUACACUUCAAAUGGACCUGGAUUGGAGCUGUGCUCGAAAACAGUGAUUACGGCCUAACAGCAAUAAAGAUAUUUCAGGAGGCGACUCAGGGGGCAGGAGUCUGUCUGGCAUUUGUAGAAACUCUCAACAGGGAAAACAUUGUGAGUGAAGUCAGAAGAGCAGCCCUCAUAAUUCAGGCCUCGACUGCAAGAGUGAUUCUUGUAUUUACCUGGUAUACAGAUGCGAGGGAACUGUUUGUGCAACUAGCCAAGAUAAAUGUGACUGACAGACAGUUUCUGGCCAGUGAGGCUUGGAGCACUAGUGGUGACCUUCUCCAAAGUCGUGUCACAAGUCAAGUGGCAAGUGGUGUUGUUGGUGUUGCCAUUAGAAGUUCAACUAUACCUGCCUUUGAAAAUUAUAUCAGAAGUCUCAACCCAUCUCACCGUCCUGAUGACAAGUUCUUAAGAGAGUUUUGGGAAAAGGUGUUUGGUUCUUCUCUACCUCUCUGCAAUGGCACUGAGUCCCUGGAGGGAGUGCAGAAUCACUUUACUGACACCUCCCAGUUAAGGGUGACAUAUAAUGUCUACCUUGCUGUUUAUGCUGCAGCCCACGCCCUUCACAGUCUUCUGUCCUGCUCCCAUAGAGAAAACUCUCCUGAAAAGAACACCUCUACAUGCUACUUUCCAAAACACAUCAAACCUAUAGAGUUAUUACAAUACUUGAGCAACUUGAACGUCACCACACCACAAGGGGACCUAUUUUAUUUCCAUGGUGCAGACAUUCCAGCUAAGUAUGACCUUGUCAACUGGCAGAAGACCCCUGAGGGGUCACUGAAACUUGUUUUGAUUGGUCAUGUGGAUGGGUUUGACAUCCACCUUAAUGAGUCAGCUAUUCAAUGGAGCACAGGAUCCAAUCAGAUCCCUGUUUCAGUGUGCAGUGAGAGCUGCCCCCCAGGUACCCGAAUGGCCAACAGGAAAGGGGAACCUGUCUGUUGCUUUGACUGUAUCCCAUGUGCUGAAAGGGAGAUUAGCAAUAAAACUGAUUCUCUUCAAUGUGAACGCUGUCCACCUGAGUUCUGGUCCAAUGUUGAACGAACUGCCUGCAUCCCUCGCCAGCUGGACUUCCUUUCCUUUGAUGACGCUUUGGGUAUUACCCUGACUACAACAGCUGUGUCGGGCGCCAUGGUGACAACAGCUGUGUUUGUGGUGUUUCUUUACUACCGUCAAACACCUGUGGUACGAGCCAACAACUCAGAACUGAGCUUUCUGCUUCUUCUGUCACUGAAGCUCUGCUUCCUGUGCUCACUGGUGUUCAUUGGUCGUCCAUCAGACUGGUCUUGUUGGCUCCAGCAGGCAGCAUUCGGGAUCAGCUUUGUUCUUUGUGUUUCCUGCCUCCAAGUUAAAACCAUAGUUGUUCUUGCAGCAUUUCGUUCAGCUCGGCCUGGUGCUGAAGCCUUGAUGAAAUGGUUUGGUCCAGGCCAACAGAGAGGAAGUGUCUGCCUCUUUACCUUUAUACAGGUUAUCAUCUGUAUUAUUUGGCUAACGCUCAGCCCCCCAGUACCUCAACCUGACUUGGAUACCCCAGGGUUAAAAGUCACCUUGAAGUGUGCCAUGGUCUCUGUGCUGGGCUUCUCUUUGGUCUUAGGCUACAUUGGCCUGCUGGCCUGCACCUGCCUGCUCUUGGCCUUUCUUGCUCGGAAACUUCCGGAUAAUUUCAAUGAAGCCAAACUGAUCACCUUCAGCAUGCUGAUCUUCUGUGUUGUCUGGGUGUCUUUUGUUCCUGCUUAUGUUAGCUCUCCUGGAAAAUAUGCAGUUGCUGUGGAGAUUUUUUCAAUUCUCACUUCUAGCUAUGGUUUACUGCUUUGUAUCUUUGCUCCAAAAUGUUUCAUCAUUCUUUUGAGGCCUGAGAAAAACACUAAGAAACACUUGAUGGCCAGAUAG